UAGGUCUCACAGGCAAUGAAUGCCCAAUAAAAAUGCAUAUACAUGUCUUAACGUCGAUAAGAAUUGAUUUCUCCCCUCCCCCAUCCCUUCGCUACCUCCGCUCCCUCCCCAUCCCCCUUCUCCUCACCCCUCCUCGACGCCCAAUUUUUUUCUUUUUAUUCCUCCCUAUAUCCCUCCCUAUAUCCCUCCAUACAUCCCCUCCCUAUAUCCCUCUCUAUCCCUCCAUAUAUGCUUCCCUAAAUCCCUCUCUUCAUCUCUCCUUAUCUUUAUAUUCCCCUCCCUAUAUCCUUCUCUACAUCCUUCCUUCUAUCCCUCCCUAUAUCCCCCUCCCUAUACUUCUCCUCCCUACAUCCCUCCUUAUCCCUAUCUUUAUAUCCCCUCUCUACAUCUUUCCGUCUAUCCCUCCCUAUAUCCCUCUCUAUCCCUCCAUAUAUGCUUCCCUAAAUCCCUAUACUCUCUCUCUCUACAUCCUUCCAUCUAUCCCUCCCUAUAUCCCCUCCACAUCCCUUUUAAUUUCUCGCUUAAAGUGCAAUUUUUAUUUAUUUCUUUGUAAUUUACCGCUUGUGUUAUGA